AUGGACGGCCAUUUCCGCUGGCGCGCCUCCGCGUCGCCGCCGCACUUGAGUCGCGACGACGGGGACAGCGACGAUCCGGAUGACACUGCCGCGCCGUGUCGCAAAGGGCCCUUGCCGGCCCCUCCUUUACCCCGCGCUCCCUUCUCCACCGUGACAACCGCCGCUGCGUCCGGCCCUGGGAGGCGCGCGGCGGUGCAGCGCGAGCUGGAGCGGAUGGCGCGGCCGCGCGCGGUGCUGGACGCGCGAGAGGCGGAGGUGCUGGCGGUUCUCGACUCCGCCUUCACGUGGCUCCGCUGCUCCGCGCAGCCCUGCGUGCCAGAUGCCGCGCAAGCCGCAGACGAGUGCGCGGGAAGCUGGUACGACGGGCGACGGCAGGCGGGACUCGCCACAGUGGUCCUCGCGGACGACGAUGACGAUGGCGCCGCCGCUGUUGCCGCGGCUGAUGACUAUUCCGCUCCGCCUGCUGCUGCGCUUCUCGCACGUCGCUCGUUUACGUCGCCCAUCGGCGACGGACGGAGGAACGGCGCACGGCCAGCCAAUGGUGGCGGCCAACUGCACUCUGCCGUUCGGCCCGUCGCCCAGUAUUCGCUGGCUGGCGGGGACGAGCGCUCUCUUCCGGCCCAGGCGUCGCAGGCGGCAGCUGUCGUUGCGGGCUGCGCGCCGAGCGCAGGAACUCACACCGUGGGCGGCGGCGUCGUGGUGCGAGCGGAGGAACGGGGGGAGGGGGGAGAGGUGGUGGUGAAGAGGAAGCGAGGCCGGCCCAAGGGCAGCGGCAAGAAGGGGUCGCUCGCCGCGCUCACUCCGUCGCACGUUCCGCCCUUGAUUCGCAUUCCGGCCUCUGCUCGUCUUCCGUCCCCCGCCUCAACACCGCGCGCGCUGUCGAACGCCGCCACUGCGUCGCCUGCAGAUGCCAAAACUGGCGGCGUCGGGAGCGGCGAAGUGGAAGCGACGAAAUGGGGAGAGCCGCACGAGGCUGGGCGCGAUGAGAUCAAGGAAGGCCGCGCAGUGGUUCAGUUCCAGGACAGCGAGGGGGCGGCGGAGUGGCAAAGAGCGGGUCGUCCAGGAAAUGGGAACAGUGAGCAGCGCGGCGAGGGCGAAGCGGAGACCUGGCGGAUGAGCGCGUGUGGCGCUAGCCGCCCUGUCGGACCCGCGGACGGCGGUGGUCCUGGCCGCCCUGCAGCAGCGAGGGCGGGGCUGCAUGGCAGCGCGCAGCGGACGGGCGGCGACGAGGGGCGGGGCAGCAAGGGACCGUUGGGCGGCGGUGCCGGAGUGGGGGCGAGCGGCAGGGGGCGGAAGAGCAAAGGGCGUACAGGGAGGCGGCGAGGCAGGCCGAGGGUUGUUGGCGUGGAGAAGACGAGGUGCGUGGAUGGCCCGAGGCAAUGGCAGGAGCGACCGCAGGAAGGACAGGCGGGUAAGCGGGUGGGGGGCGAAGGGGAGAAGGCAGAAAGCGGCAUGGCUGAGGACGACUCAGUAUGGCCCGUGGGCGACGGUGGGGGCCGUGCGGAGGAGGGGGCAGGGGGGAGGGCGGAAGGGGGCCCCGUGUACCUGAGCGACCCGGAGCAGCGCCACGGGCGCAUGCUGGCGAGUGACCUGGCGGCUGUGGCGGGUGGCGUCACAGGCGCCUUCAGCGCCCCCCCCACGCCCAGCGCCGCCCUUGGCGCCUGCUGUGUAGCGACAGGCACGGGCACGGGCACGGGCACGGGCGCGGACGAUGCUGCAGAGGCGGUGGAUUCAGUAUGGGGAGAGGCAAGUGGUUCACAUGGGGCUGCUGCGAUGGGCAGUGGUGAUGGGCUGCUACUGGAUGACAUGCAGGCAUCGUGGCUGCAUGGCGUGGGUGGGCUGGCUGGUGCGCAUGGCAUUCAGCAUGGUGCGGUGGCGGUGGCAGGAAAGAGGGUGGAAGAGAGGGGGAGGGAUGGUGGGGGAUGUGUGGCGAAGAAGAUAAGGGUAUCACACGGGGGGGAGGGUAGUGGUGAUGGGGGCAAGGAGGGUGUUAUGGGGCGGGGUGUGUGGGGCAGCUGCAGUGAAGUGGCAUCCCAUGCAGACUGGAGGCCUUCAAGCGCUCUGGCUUUGGUGGGGGUGGGUGCAGGAGCGCUCUCAGGAUCACACCCACCUGCGUGA